AUGGAUAGUGAAGACAAAAGAUCUGCUAUUGUGUCCGGUGGAGGAUAUCCUGAGAGGGCAGCAGCUUACCCGAGCAGGGAUUCUUCACAUAAUAUGCACAGGAAGCACCCAUCUAAAACCCCAGUGCGAAUAGAUGCUAAAAAGCCGGAGUUGGACAAGAAGAAGAAGAAGCCCGUGCGGAAGGAGGAGGAGAAGGCUCUUCCCGAGGCAGUUAUUCCCCCGAAAAGGGAGAGGAAGGGUCUGCAGCUGGUUUUUAUGGAUGGGUCUGCGCUUACCGAGAACCUUGUCCAGGAGGAGCUGAAGAAGCACCACAUCGAAGUUGACACGAAGGAGGAGCCGCUGGCCCCUGCUCCCCACAGCGUUGGAGUGUCCGCUGAGACGUUAGAAGAAGCUUCUCCUGAAGAUCCCUCCGAAAAGGGCGAUGAUUCCCAGGGCGUAGAAUCAGACCUGAAAAAACACGAGGACGAAAAAGAUCUUUUGAUCGAAGGGGCUUUUGGAAAAGUCUCUCCCCAGGGAAAAGACGAAAAAAAAGAGGAAAACUCAGAAAAAGACGGGGAGAAGCAGGAAGAAAUAAAAUCAGAGGCGCAGAAACACCCCGAGGAAAGUCUCCCUGCGAGCACACCAGAAGCGCAAACUUCCGAAAAGGAGGAGGCACCCCUGGAAAGUGCAGAACCUGAAAGUGCCCUGCCAAAGAUGGACUGCACAGUGAAGGGAGGAGUCCCCGUCGGCACAGACCCGGAAACAGGAGAGAAGAUCCCCUCGUGGGACGCCAGAAUGUCAGACGCAAUCAGAAAAAACGUGUUCACAGAGAGAAAGGCCCCAAUUUCCGCAAAGACACUCCCACCCCGCCCAAGGAAGAAGGCAGAGGCAGAGAAGAAGCCGGCACCCCCGCAGGAGCAGCCAAAGACCCCGCGAGAGUCACCCCCAGAGAAGGAGGAGAAGGAAACAGUGAAAGAGCAGGAGACAGUGAAAGAGGAGAAGGAGACAGUGAAAGAGCAAGAAACAGUAGAGGAGCCAGAGACCAUAGACUUCUCCGCAGAGAUGGAAAUCACACACCUCCCAAUCCUGUACUCGAAGAAGACCCUCCUCGCCCUCAGAGACUCCCUCCCAGAACUCCCCCCGCAGAUCGACAGGACAGUCCUCGCGAAGUCCUUCCUCAGGAAGAAGAAGGAGUUUAGAUCCUUCAAGACACAGUUUAAGGACGCAAGAAAGACCGCACCAGUGACGCAGUUUGAAGAGGUCGAGCCGUACGAGGCAAACUUCAACCUCGCACUGAACCAGGUCUCCCAGAAUAACAUCAGGGAAAUUGCAAAGAGAAUCCUCGCAGUAAAACCCCCCUCGGAAGCAGCAACCAUAAAACUCGCAACAGCUUUCUUCAACAAAGUCAUGCAGGAGCACGCGUACACCGCAAUAUACGCAUCCCUCGUUGAGAAGCUCCAGCACAUGCUAUACGCGAAGGAGGAGAAGAAGGGAACCGGAAAGUCCCUGUUCGUCAGGACAAUCUCUAACCUCGCACAGACAGAGUUCUCCAGAGAAACUCACUGGGCAUCCACGGAGGAAACAGCACAGCCGCAGUCACUCUCAGCACAGGAAAUAACCCAGAGAGUCACGGAAAUAUCAAAUAAUAAGGAGAAGGAGUACGAGAGAAUCCUCACGAAGAAAAGAGCCCUCACCCUCGUAAGCUUCAUCGUGGAGAUGUACCUCCAGGGAAUAUUCUCGGAUAACCUCAUGCACUCGGCAGUUCACAAUAUCCUCGAAAGAAAGUGCCCGGAGAACGUCGAGAGACUCUGCUUCAUCCUGAAACACGCAGGGAAGAGGUUUGAUCAGCCCCUCGCAAGAGAAUUCCUCAGGAAGUACAUCCAGUGGUUGGAGACUGCGAUACAGGAUCUGUCCAUCAGGUACAGGUUUAUGGUGGAGGAAGUCCUGGAUCUCGCAAGGAAUAACUGGGUCUCGAAGGAGGAGAGAAGAGAAGAGGAGGAGAGCGAGUGGAAGAGCAGCAAGGUAAAGGAGAAGAAGAAGCCCGCAGUGAAGGCGAAGAGGGCAGUGAAGGUCGCAGAGUUGGUCGAGGAGGCCCCGGAAGAGGCUGCCCGCAUGGAGAGUAUCGUCGUAAAAAUCUUGAAGGAGGACGGAUUCGAACCCGCGAAGGUGGCUGGGAAACUCUCCGCAGAGUUUGCCGGGAAUGUUUUGUUUUUCCUUGGGCUCGUGAAAAUCACAGUCGAGGGUUACGAUAGAGUCCUGGAGAACGGGAUGGGGCUGGUCAGAGAGUGGGUGAAGAUAGUCCCGGAGAGGAGGGAGGAGGUUCUGGAAUACGUCUCCGUGGAAUUGCUCCCGGACUUGGUCGAUGACUCCCCGCACGCUCCAGAGCACCUGAAGAAGAUCCGGAAGUUUGCCAGGUAG